UGGAGCGAAAGUAAUAUUUCUUGUCGGGUGUAGUGUUGGUGGUGUGCAGUUGAAUUGGUUGUUGUUGCUAGUGUUGCAAGUGCAGUGGGCGCAACAACCGCGGCGACGGGCGCAAAAAGCACCUAAAAAUGGCGGAUGAUGAUGAUGUUUACACAUUAGACAAUAAACAAACUUUGAAAUCGGGCAGCAAGCAAUGGGUGAAACUGAACGUGGGAGGCACCUGUUUCCUCACCACGAAGACGACGCUGUCGCGCGACCCCAACUCGUUCCUCUAUCGUCUCAUUCAGGAAGAUAGCGAUUUGAUUUCAGACAAGGACGAGUGCGGAGCAUACAUGAUAGACAGGGAUCCCAGCUACUUCUCUCCAGUGCUAAACUACCUGCGACACGGCAAACUGGUAAUCAACAGGGGACUGGCAGAGGAGGGCGUUCUCGAGGAGGCUGAAUUCUACAACAUAGCUGAACUGAUUACAUUAGUAAAAGACAGAAUCUACCAUAGGGAUAGUUUACCUUCGAAGGCUAGCAAGAAGAAUGUGUACAGGGUCAUCCAAUGCCACGAGGAUGAACUCACUCAAAUGGUCUCUACGAUGUACGACGGCUGGAAAUUCGAGCAAUUAGUCAAUAUAGGUUCACAAUAUAAUUACGGUUCGGACGAGCACGCGGAAUUCCUCUGUGUCGUGAGUCGCGAGUGUGGUACCACGGAUAAGAGUGAGGUGGAACAGACGGACAAAGCCAAAGUUUUGCAACAGAAAGGAUCGAGGAUGUAAAUGUGAUAUAUUAUGCACACAAUACAACAACAACAACAAACAACUAAAUGCCACAAAAGCUUGUCUACAAACAAACAAACAAGAUACUUGUACGUAUCUUGAAUUUUCUGAAACAUAAAUAACAAUAAUAAUGUAUAAACGUCGAUAUUGGAAUGAGGAUAUUUUAUGAGGAUGAACACGAAUAAGAGGCUGGUCUGGAUCUCCUUCGUUUCUAUCCUUGAUUUUGAAGUUGACUCCUCCACACAAUUAACUCGCAACUGUACAUAUUUCUCUCUCUCUCUCUAUCUCCACCCCCUCAAUGUUCAGUUCUCCCGCCGCCCCCUCCACCAUCCUUAUAUAAAACAAUAAAUAUACGUUUUUUUAUCUA